CACACUCUACUGAGUUUCUAAUGUCGAUGCUUCUAGUUCGAAGAAGAGGUUCCUUCGAUUAUUCUCGAGUCGCAAAAGGUUCCAAACUAUAAACCGCGGUCGUCAUGAUGUUCUACUCGGAUCGCAGGUAAUAAUCAACACACUGUCGAUCUUCCCACUAUGAAGCUCACACUCCUGGCAUCCCUCGUUGUUCUCUGCGGCGUUGCUUUCGCUGUCCCUCCAUUGCGCCGUGAUGAUGGCACCCUGGUUUCUGUCAUUGCUUAUGUGGAGGACGUCUUGGACAACGCAACUGUCACCGUCGCCAAACGGGAUGAUGGGUCUUUGGUUGGCGUUACCGUUGACGUCCAAGACGUUUUGAAUAAUCUUUCAGUCAAUGUUCUCACUAAGCGGGAUGAUGUCGAGCAUGUUCUCGAUUUGGCUUAACCUCUGCAAGUACCAUUCGCAUGAUUUUUGACUGUCUUUAACGCAACCCCACAGAUCCUGACAAUGAACUUACCUAGCCAAUCUGUGUGCACCACAUCAUUUCGUCUUUACUCUUGGGUAUUUAUGUCUGCUUCAUAGCAUACUUAUUACGAAGUGAACUUUUCCACGGUCAACCUUGCGGACUUGUCACUAGUUAGCCAGUGUUCAAAUGUUCACUCAUUGCGCGGGUCAUGCAUUAUGCUUCGGCAUCAUUAUCUGCUGUCCUCGUGAGCGGUGCAUUCAACGUGAAAUUAAUCUCCU